GCGCUCAAGCGGAGGCUGCGUCCCGGCGUGUGCAGCGCGGCGCUGCCGGCAGCCUCGGCCGCCGCGAGUGGCCCCCGGGCGGCGUCCCCGCUCGCUCGGGCCGCGGAGUUUCUGGUUCGGGGUUUGGUGGGGUUUUUUUGGAAGCGGGGGAGGCGCGGGGAGCACGGCGGGCCCCGGGGCAGCCGAGAUGCGGCGCGGGCGAGAGCCAAUGGGGGCCGGCGCGGCCGUGUGACAGGCGGGGCGGCCGCUGCCCCCGCCGGGCGGCCGGGGCGGGGAGCCGGCACAGCGCGCCGCUCGGCAGUAGCAUCGCCACCGUCACCCCCGCGGCUGCGGGGCUGGCACACGCCUGCAUCCUCCUCUCCCCCGGCAGCCGCUCGCAGACGCCUCGCCGCGGCGAGGGAGGCCGGCGGGCGGAGCGGAGCGGGGGGCGCCGCAGCAGACAAAGCAAAGAUGGCAGGGAUCCUCGCCUGGUUCUGGAACGAGCGGUUCUGGCUGCCGCACAACGUCACCUGGGCGGACCUGCAGAGCACGGAGGAAGCCGCCUUUCCGCAGGCGGAGGACCUCUACCUCGCCUUCCCCCUGGCCUUCUGCAUCUUCAUGAUCCGGCUGCUCUUCGAAAGGUUCAUUGCUAAACCAUGUGCCUUAGGCCUUAAAGUCCAAGCCAACGGACCACAGAAAGCUCAACCCAAUGCUAUCCUGGAAAAAGUUUUCACAGCUAUUACAAAGCAUCCAGAUGAGAAGAGGCUGGAGGGCCUCUCCAAGCAGCUGGACUGGGAUGUACGCAGCAUUCAACGUUGGUUUCGACAAAGACGUAACCAGGAGAAGCCCAGCACUCUGACGAAGUUCUGUGAGAGCAUGUGGAGAUUUACAUUUUACCUUUAUAUAUUUACCUAUGGAGUACGGUUCCUGAAAAAGACACCCUGGCUCUGGAAUACCAGACAGUGCUGGAAUGGGUAUCCAUAUCAGCCACUGAUGCCUGACCUUCAUUAUUACUACAUAGUUGAAUUGUCAUUCUACUGGUCCUUAAUGUUUUCUCAAUUCAUUGACAUCAAAAGAAAGGAUUUUGGCAUCAUGUUUACACAUCACAUUGUAACAGUCACCCUGAUAACCUUCUCAUAUGUAACCAAUUUGACACGAGUGGGAACCUUGACCUUGUGUCUCCAUGAUGCGGCUGAUGUUGUCCUAGAGGCUGCCAAAAUGGCAAACUAUUGCAAGUGUCAAAAACUGAGUGACCUUCUGUUCCUUACAUUUGCCAUUGUCUUCAUUGUCAGUAGGCUUGGCAUAUAUCCCCUAUGGAUAUUAAAUACAACAUUGUUUGAACUGUAUGAAGCUCUGGGCAAUUUUCCUGCCUUGUGGGUCUUCAACGUGCUCCUUGUGAUUCUUCAAUUUCUGCACUGUUUUUGGUCUUACCUAAUCAUAAAGGCAGCCUACAAAGCUAUUUCAAAGGGCAAGGCUGGAAAGUGGAACCCCUUGCAUGUAGCAAAGGAUGAUCGAAGUGACAUUGAGUCAAGCUCAGAUGAGGAAGAAACAGUACCUCGUUCAAAGACCCCGCACAGCACUAUCACCACUAAUGGGACCGGCGGUGCCAAUGGGACAAAUGGGUAUCUUACUGGUGGCACUUGCUCAGAUGAGCAUUAAUCCUUGAGUUCAAUCAUAAGACACGAACAGAAUGAACUGUUUGCUACUGGAAGUAUUAUAAGUUGUGAAUGCGGUUUCUUCAUAUAUCUCAGCAUCAGAAAAAAUUAGGAGUAUCAAAGCAUUCUGAUAGUGCACUGCCAUAUUUCCUGUUUGUGAAUGAAGACAACACACCAUUCUGUAUACGUAGGCAUGCUGUAUGUGUAUGUAACUGACACAAUGGGAGCAGUAUUUUCACUUGUACUGUCUUUGAAAUAUUAUUUAUUUUGUAUUCUUUUGGGAACUUCUGGACAAAAGGGAAUUAAUAUCCAUUCUCAAACUUUUUCUCUUGGGAUUCUCAGUGGUGGAGAGCAUCACGUUCAGAUCUCUUCUGUCCAUCCCUGUUGCUUUUGCUGAGUCUGCUAUAAGUAAUAGUUGCUUGAUUUGUUACUUACAGUAAGACAGAACAUAGCUUUAUAGAUUCUAGAUCUGCUUCAGAUAUUUUUGCUAUCUUUGUGUUUUAAAGUGCUGGUUUUGAAAUUGCCUAUCAAAUCAAAGUGGCCAUUCCUCCAACAUAAAGUUUUAAAACACUGGAUUGGUAUUUUAAAUAGUAGGUAAUGUGGUCAAUUAGCAAUUCAGGAAAAAAAUGCGGUAAAUGUGGAAUAUUAUUUUAGCAUAAUUUAAAAUUCAGUUUGGUGGUUAAUUGCAUUAGAAGUAGACUUGAUUAGUUGUGCACAUACCCCAAAGCAUUGAUGUCAACAGUUAGGAUAACCUCAUUCUCACUUUUAUUUUUUGCCUUGCAAUUUUUGACCUCUAAGGAUUCUAGCUUUUCACAGAGAUUCCAUGUUGAAAGGUGUUUGUUCAAGUGCACCAUUGUGAGUCCAGACCUCAUUCCUGAAACUGGUUUUGCACGUUCAGAUGGAUGAGAGCAGGGGUGUAAUGGAAAAAUAAGUAGAUUAAAAGUUAUCGCUUCCUCAGACACAGUUCAGUGUGGGUAUUGCUCUUAUAAUUAUUGCCACUUUCUUAGUAGGCUGAAGAGAGAGAAGGCAGAACAUCAUACAUUACUAGAAAUAGUUUAUUUUACAUGCAUGAAAAGUUCAGCAAAAUUCACUUAUAAUUCACAGCAUAUAAAAUUAAGGGUCUUUUUAAAAUAAUUUUGCUCUCCCUUUUCAUCCAAGAUUUACAAACUGUGUUCCAAAGAUGACAAAGUAUAUACCCAAAAUAAACAUCUUUUUUAAUAUUA